AGUGUUUAGGUCGCUAGCAGAAGCCCUUCUUAAACCCUCCUUGUUUCGCCCCCGUCCCCUAUCUUCUCCGUUUUCCCUCCUUCCUGCUGCCCGUCAGCCAUGGAAUCCGGUCGAAAAUAAAGAAGCGCCAACCAAUCAUCCGCAAAAAGACAAGAGAGACAUGCUCCGUCUUGCUCAUUCCAGCCGUGGUAAAAAACUAGCCUUCUUAUCUUCUUCCUCCUCCUCGUCCUCAACUGCUGCUUUUGCUGCCAUGUCUCACAUGGGCUCCAGAUUCUUUCCCAAACCCGCCACAGCUUCCGUCCCUCACUUCCCACCUCUUCCUUCUCAAUUUUUUUCCAAUAUAAACCUAUGCCGCGCUGGAAAGCGCUUGCUCCCAGUGCUUUGUUCAAAACCCAUCUCUAGAAACCACUCUCGUUCCCUCUACAUCAAUGGGCAUGCGACUCUUCCUGUUUCCCCUCCAGGUAAUAUAUCGGUGGGCGGAGGAUGGAAAAGCGACGCUCUGCGGAAACAAUUGGCGGAGUGUGGAAUCGAAAUGGAUAACUUAGCCCCCGGUCAGUACAAUGGCUUAUGGUGUCCAAAGUGCCAAGGUGGUGAUUCCGGAGAGAAGUCGUUCUCUAUUCUCAUAGAAGCUGAUGGUACGAGAGCAUCAUGGAUAUGUCAUAGGGCGAAAUGUGGAUGGACUGGAGGAACCAAACAUGCUACCAGCUCAACCUCUAAAAACCCAGUUCAACAACGUACUCGCCAAAAGAAAGCAAGGGAAAUUACAGAGGAGAGUCUGCAGUUGGAACCACUAUGCAGUGAGCUUGUUGGUUACUUCAAAGAACGGGACAUAUCUCGUGAAACUUUGUUGAGAAAUCGUGUUAUGCAGAAGGCUCAUGGCAAUCAGAUUGUUAUUGCAUUUACUUACGGAAGAAACGGGAUGCUUGUAAGCUGCAAGUAUCGAGACAUUAACAAGAAAUUUUGGCAGGAAAAGGAUACCGAAAAGAUAUUCUACGGGCUGGAUGACAUAAAGGGAUCUGAUGAUAUUAUCAUUGUUGAAGGUGAAAUGGACAAGCUUGCAAUGGAAGAGGCUGGAUUCCGUAAUUGUGUGAGUGUUCCUGAUGGAGCACCUCCACUGGUUUCGUCCAAGGAUUUGCCACCCGAAUCCCAGGACACAAAGUAUCAGUAUCUUUGGAAUUGCAAAGAGUAUUUGAAGCAGGCAUCUCGCAUCAUACUUGCUACCGAUGGAGACCCUCCUGGUCAAGCAUUGGCAGAAGAGCUUGCACGGCGUCUUGGAAGAGAAAGAUGCUGGCGAGUCAAAUGGCCAAGGAAAAAUGCAGAUAGUUAUUGCAAAGAUGCAAAUGAGGUGCUAAUGUAUUUGGGUCCUCAAGCACUGAAGGAUGCAAUUGAUGAUGCGGAACUAUAUCCCAUCAAAGGAUUAUUCCUCUUCAGAGACUUCUUUGAUGAAAUCGACUCGUAUUAUCAUCAAACUCAAGGAUAUCAGUUUGGUGUCUCAACAGGAUGGAAGUCUUUAGAUGGGCUGUACAGUGUUUUACCAGGAGAGUUGACGAUAGUAAGUGGGGUACCGAAUUCUGGCAAGAGUGAAUGGAUUGAUGCUCUUUUAUGCAACCUUAAUAGAAGUGCUGAUUGGAAAUUUGCUCUUUGCUCUAUGGAGAACAAUGUUCGAGACCAUGCUAGGAAGCUGAUGGAGAAAUAUGUUAGAAAGCCGUUUUUUGAUGCUCCCUAUGGAGAAUCUGCUGAACGCAUUGAUGUCAUGGAGUAUGAGCGAGGGAAGCAGUGGUUAAAUGAUACAUUCCAUCUCAUAAGGCAUCUCUAUGGUGGAAUAAUAGAUGUGAAGAUGAUGCACUUCCAAGCAUAAGAUGGGUACUUAGUCUUGCAAAAGCAGCAGUGCUUAGAUAUGGUGUCCGUGGACUUGUAAUUGAUCCUUACAAUGAACUUGAUCAUCAGCGUCCACCUAACAUGACCGAAACAGAGUAUGUGAGUCAGAUGCUGACUCUGGUAAAAAGAUUUGCUCAACAUCAUUCGUGUCAUGUGUGGUUCGUUGCGCAUCCGAGACAGUUGCACAACUGGAUAGGUGGCCCGCCUAAUAUGUAUGAUAUAAGCGGGAGUGCCCAUUUCAUAAACAAAUGUGACAAUGGGAUAAUUAUUCAUCGCAACAGAAAUCCCGACGCUGGGGAUAUUGAUCAAGUCCAGAUUUGUGUUCGGAAGGUUCGAAACAAGGUUGUGGGUACCAUAGGCGACGCGUACUUGUCAUAUAACAGGGUGACUGGUGAGUUCAGGGAUACCGAAGUUGAUCAUCGUAGAAGAUGAUUAACUAACUGAUUGUCAUGGAGAAUGAAUAUGGGGAAGGUGGAGGAGGUGUGGGACGAGGACUGCGCAUUUACCAAUCAAUGAUCCGCUGAUGAAACCAAACCUGUUCAUACUUGAUGGCAAAUUGUUAAUAUUGGAAGUGAGAAGAGUUGAGCUGUUUCUUCGUGGGAAGUGGUUGGAAGUUGAAACCACAGCCAGCAAAGAGAAGAGCAUAUUAUUAUAUAGUGAAUUCACUCACAUUGUAGCAAAGGUGAGUCCAGCAAGUGGAAAGGGGCUGUCUAUCAUUUCCCGUUUGAGGGUGGUUACAAUAAAUCUGCGGUUACAGUAGUUUAUAAUUUAUGUCUUUUAAGCUAAGUUGACCAAAGCCCCGCGAGUUGCGGUGUCAGAAUCUUCUUAUUCUUCUUCUUUCGUUGUUGUUGUUGAGUGAGUUAGCCAAGCCAGCACACAACUCAUGCCACGUUCUGGAACAGCUUUAUUGUAUUUGUCAUUGACCUGACCACAUCAUUCUCGUGAGGCUGUGCAGUAGCUCAUCAUUCAUUCGGCGGUCGCCUCGUCUUAAUUGGUUCGAGUUAGUGAUGUUGCAUCAGAAUACUCAACUAAAUAUGUGACAUUAUUCUCAUAAUAACAAUUCAUAUAUGCAUAUAAAAAAGGGU